AUGGUCGGCGUAACAACCAUUGCGAACCUCAAUGCCCCAGCCGGCAAGCAAAUCAGCUUGUACUACAACCUCAAAAAUCAGAACCUUGGUCUUCAGCAACGCAACGAGUCCACUUCGCAAGACCCCCCCACCGAUGUCUAUGUCUCUAGCAUCACCGCUCAAGUCGGAUGGAUUGAGAACCCAUCCCAGGUGGCCAGCGCCAACUUGACCGGUCUUCCACUUGUCUUCGGCUUCACUGAAAAGAAGGCCGAUCCUGCUGUUCCCAAGCAGCUGAAUCACGACGUCUCUAUCCUUUCCCCUGUGUAUAACCCUGUUGGCCAAACUCUCAAAGACAACAAAACCAUCGCUGCUGUCAGUGACGGUGUGUCUGCAUCUGUCUUCUUCCUCACCGGGGGAAGUGGAAACGCCUACAAAAUCGAGGAGGCAGUCGUCGGCCAAAUCCAACCAGACGAUUGGUCCGGAACCGCAGUCAUCAUCCAGGACUCAUCCCUCGCUGCGUACUAUUCCGAGCCCGGUGUUCGUCGGAUCAUUUACCAGGCUGCCGACAACUCCGAGAUCCACGAUUAUCGCCCCAAACGAGGAUACGUGAACAUUGGCAACACCAACGCCAAAGAUGCCAGUCCUCUUGCUGUUGUCACGGCCGGCAGCAAGGCCUACCUCUACUACGUGAACACACAUGAUCAGGUGAAGAGGAUCGUCAAGAGUGACCUCUCCAACCCGGACUCGUGGGGUCAGGAGCAGGAUGUCAACGCGCCUAAAAAGGUUUCAAAGGAGAGUCAGAUUACUGUCAUCUCUGCGGGUGGGAAGAAUCAUUUGUUCUAUGUCGCUCAGGGGGCGUCUGACACUACGUUUGAGCAUAUUGUCGACAGCCAGUGA